AUGCAAACACAUGACAAAAAAAUGCCAUCUUCCUCAACACCAUUGUUGUACCUCUGCCUACUGCGGGUGUCAUGCCUUCUUCUCUUGCAAGAAGCACAAGCGGCGCCCCAUGGAGGGAUCUCACUUAGGUCUCAACACAUGGCCCUCCUCCACUGGAAGGCUACAAUUGCAAGCCCACCCCCGCUGAUGAGCUCUUGGCAGGAAAACACCAGACCGUGCAACUGGACAGGCAUCAUGUGCACGGCCAUUCGCCAUGGCCGCCACAUGCCCUGGGUGGUGACCAACAUCUCCCUGCCAGAUGCUGGCAUCCAUGGCCAGCUUGGUGAGCUCAACUUCUCAGCUCUUCCAUUCCUCACAUAUAUCGACCUUUAUAACAACAGUCUCCAUGGUGCACUACCCGUUGGUAUCAGCUCCCUGUCAGCACUUUCCGUACUUAACCUUACCUACAACCAGCUCACAGGAAAAAUUCCUUAUGAGAUUGGGGGCCUACAAAGUCUCAGAGUGCUCGAGCUCUCAUAUAACAGACUCACAGGACAUAUCCCUGCGUCUCUGUGA